UUAACGUGCAAAUGUUUCAAGUACAUAAGUGAUUCACUAAGCCUGCGGUAAGCUACAUUUUUAAGAUUUAAUUGUAGUUAUCACGCGGUUAGUGAAUAGAUAAGAAAUAAAUAAUAAUCGAAACAAUUUAAGGACAGUAUUUUGAUACCGUAUAGAGACACCAUCCAUAUGCAAAACGUCAGCAAGUGAUCGCUGCAAUACGUAAAGUAGAACUGUUCAAUAACGGGUACAGUAAUGAAGACAUUGAAGAAGUAGCAAUUACAUAUGAAACCUCGACGGGAGAACUGAGACAAGCUUUAAUCGAUAAAUAUCAUCAUCUUAAAUGUGGAUAUCUUUUCAUCGCACAAACGCAUAUUUUUGUUACUAGAUCAAUUUUUAUGGAGCAAAAUUAUAAUUACAAUACAUUUCGAUACAUUUCAAUUGAUGAUUUUUCAUUUGUCUCAGAAGUCUCUAAAAUGAUUGCCACCAUGAUAGAAGUAAAAGGAAUACGAAUAGAUGAGUUUUGGCUAGUGUAUAUGUACGCAGAUAAAUUGCAAUCCUAUAUUAAUCGUUUUAAGUCGACUACUCCUACAUCGUUUCCUUCAGAUAGAAAUCAUCCAAAUGGCAUGAUUCAAUUGUACGCUUUUGUCGUCGGAAUACUAGACGAAUACUUAAAACUGAAUUGUAAUCAUAAAAAUACAUUUAACAUGAAUUUUGCCGAUUGUUUUCAUUCCAAUCGUCCAACCAACAAUUUAAUACCAAUCUUCAAAUGCACACAUUGUCUUCCUGUUGCAGCGAAAAUAAUACAAAAUAACAAACAAGCGUUUAGUUUAAUAAUGCUUCAUAAUUUAAACGUGGGACUUUUUGCUUAUGAGUCCAAAAUGAUUAUCGAUGGUUGUUACCUGGUCCAUGUGUUGAGUUGUUCUGUUUUAACUAGUUAUAUCGAUGCGUUUGGCAAAUAUUUCGACACGGCCGAAUGGCAUAUUACAGAAUCUCGCAUAUUAAAUAGGCAAUACUAUACGUCACACAAUGAAUUGAAAAAAAUAAUAAAUCAGAGAAUACUGUAUUAUGAGUUGAUAGCCAUAUAUAAAAUUAGUAUGCUACAACUUACUUGGAAAUUCAUAGUAGAAAUUUACAACUUAAUAGCAGAAAGUAAGAGUGAUAGCUAUAUUAACAGAUAUAUCGUGGAUUGGAAUUCGAUUUUAAUACAGUUUAAUAACGCUUUAUAUUUAAGCGAUGACGAUUUCUUUCAAGAACUUUGCACAUUUUUUAACUCACAGUUGAAUUACUAUUUUAAAAAUGUUGAUUCUAUAAUUGAAAAAAUACAAUAUGAGCACGAUUCUAUCUCGGCUUCGAUAGGUACAUCUUCUAUGACUAGUAUGAUCAGCAAUUAUUCAACUGUCGGUUCGUCGUACAAUUUAAUAGAUCAGCAUCUUACCGACGCACAGCAGAUUGUUAAUGAAAUAUUAAACAACACAAGUCUGGGUUGGGUUGAUUUUAAACUAAUUCAAUCGUAUAUGAAAUGUUUGGAUGAUAUAGACAAACGUUUACAUUUGGGUGCUUCAUGUGGAAAAACUUUAGCUAUUUAUAAUUUGGCUACGAUCAACUUGAGUUGA